CAGAGUCAGCCGGAGCCGCGAGAUUCGACUCUUCCCCCGGUACUAUCAUGGAUGUAUUAUAGAACGGUACUGUGUGUGGAGUUGAAGCAACGUUUAAAUCCAACACACCACGAGCAGCAUCGGAGCGCUGUCCCUGCCGCGCUGCAAUGUUUUCAAACAGUUAGUUAUUCCAGCACUGGUUGUGCAGCUGAUGACAGUCCCCAGGAGUCUGUGUCCGUGGUUCUGCUGCUAACAACAACACGCUAAGACAGAUGGAGGCCAUGGAGGUGGAUUCCCCCUUGGAACUGCGAGGAAGAAUUAUCUCAAACCCGGAUGGUACCGUUGCACUUGCUGGUCCAGCUGGAGAUGCCAAUGCAGCGCACGUCAUUUCAGACUCUGGCAGCAGCACUGAAGUGGAUGAAGAUGAUGACAAUGAUACAGAACACGGAGCUGCUCGGGCCACUCACAGACUACCUGCCACUUGGGCCUUUAGCCAGAGGGCAGUAGACGGACCUGCAGCUGCACCGUCACUAGUUCAGGGGACACUCAUACAGAGGAGACUCAGACAAGGCCUCCGGGUGCAUUACCCCAGCCAAACGGCAACACCUUCCAGGGGUUUCCCAGACUUUCAGCUGCGAGCCCCAGCCGCCAGCGUAGCAGAGCCGGGGUCUGGUAGCAGCACCGACAUCAGUGAGUCCGAGGAUGAGGACGAAAGACGAGAGAGAACAUCUGCCAGCGCUCAGCCCAUCGACCCCGUCCUCUCUGCUGAUCCUCUUCCUAACGCCCCCACCCAGCACACACAACCACUGGAGCCCAGCACAGACUCCAGUUCAAUCUCAGACAGCAAGAGGACGGAAGCACAAGUUCAGGACUGUCAAUCGACCCCAGGAGCCCAGACUUCACUUCCGAUGUUUCAGAGUGAGGAGAAUGAAGGCGACACUUGCACCAUCUGCUUUGAGGCGUGGACGACAGCGGGAGAGCAUCGACUGUCGGCGCUGCGCUGCGGUCACCUCUUUGGCUACACCUGCAUCACGCGCUGGCUCAAAGCUCAGGGAUCCACGGCUAAAUGUCCACAGUGCAACAAGAAAGCCAAACGUUCAGAUAUUGUGCUGCUGUAUGCGCCAAAGCUGAGAGCCCUGGACAACUCAGAACAACAGACGUUAAAGAAAUCUCUGGAGCUGGAGCAAUCUCUGAGGAGGAAAGCAGAGUUGGAGUCAGCUCAGUACAAGCUUAAAUUGCAGGUUGUCACUAACAAAUAUGGACAAGCACAGCAGGAGCUCCAGGAGUUGAAGGCGUUGAUGGUCCAGACUGACAGGAGCUCCGUCUCCUCCUCUUCCUCGUCCAACUCCCUGUUCCUCAGCCUGUCUCAGAGAGACGGCUCCAGGACCAGGCAGUACAGCUUCUCCAAGGCCGUGCUGGUUUCUCAGACGGGCGGCUGUAGAGUCUUGUCCUACUGUGAACCUUUGAGCUGCCUCCUGGCCUCGCAGCCCUCCCCUCACUCUACACUAGUGCCUGGCUGCGGGGUGAAGAAGGUGAGUGUGCUAAACAUGAAAGCAAGCCAGUACAUUCCCAUUCACAGUAAACAAAUCAGAGGACUGUCGUUCAACCACCGGAACGACAGCCUGCUGCUGUCGGCUGCGCUGGACAACACCGUCAAGCUGACCAGUCUUCUAACCAACACCGUGGUCCAGACCUACAACGCUGGGAAGCCCGUGUGGAGCUGCUCCUGGUGUCUGGACAACAGCAACUACGUGUACGCUGGUCUGAGCAACGGCUCAGUGCUCAUCUACGACACCAGAGACACCAGCACACACGUCCAGGAGCUGGAGCCGCUACGCUCCAGGUGUCCCGUAGCGUCUCUCUGUUACGUCCCGCGGGCGGCGUCCUGCAUGUUCCCCUCUGGCGGGCUGAUCGCUGGCUCCCUGGAAGGAGGAUGUUUCUGGGAGCAGGUGAACGACACCACCUACAGACCACAUCUCCUGCCGCUGGAGAACAGUGGCUGCAUCGACAUCCAGGUGGAGGCGGAGAGCAGACACUGUCUGGUCACAUACAGGCCCGGACGCUCCAACCCAUCUCUGCGCUGCGUCCUCAUGGCUCUAAACCAAACACCUCAGCAGGACUCCAGCCAGCCCUCCAGCUGCUCCUGCACACCAGUCCAGACUUUCAGUGCCGGCUCAUCGUGCAAGUUACUCACCAAGAAUGCCGUGUUCAAGAGGCCAGACGGAAGUGGGAUGCUCGUCUGUGCUGGAGACGAGGCCUCCAACUCCACCAUGGUUUGGGACGCCAGCACUGGCUCUCUGCUACAAAAACUUCCAGCGGACCUUCCGGUGUUGGACAUCAGCCCCUUCUCAGUGAAUGGCGAACACUUUCUUGUCUCUCUCACGGAGAAGAUGCUGAAACUCUACAAGUGGGAAUGAACAAAGACUAUUUGGAAGCUUCCGUUCUGCUACAAAGGACAGAAAACAAACAUACACCAAGUCCCCAAGUACAAGGAGAAACAGCAGUCUGUUGGGAAAGUAGAUCCUGCUGAUCCUUUACACAGAUGAUGAUGAUGACGAUGAUGAUUAAAGGUAAACACGACAAUAGAUUACGGGGCGUGUUUGAGAAAACCUUUCCCAUUUUACAUUUGAGUCUGGUGUGUUAUAACAUUUUGUUCUCAUGACAUCAGAUGAAUAAUGUAUAUGUGAAAAAGAAUGUCAAUAAAGGAAAAGAAAAUCUUGUAUUGACUCUAUAGAGUCAUCUCAUUUUGUCAUGUCGUUGGGGCUCAUUUUCUGUAAAUCUGAUUAAAAGUUAUACUUUUAAGGAAAGCUACAAAUUCUGCAGUUAAAUGACUUUAACAGCAAUGUUGUGCAAACCAAAUUGCGACUUAAUUUUUCAACUCAGAAUAAUAAUUUCAGAAUCUGAUGAUAUUGCAAUAAUCAGCUUGUCAAUGUAAAACGUUUGGGACGUCACGUGCAAUCUGAUCCAUCUAUAAUUCCAAAAAACAUCAAAUUAAUUCAAAUGAUUAUUCUCAAAGUUAUUUGAUUUGUCUCUGUGAUGCAUCACAUGUGACGACAGCAGCAGCUUGGCCGUACAGACAUACUGUACAUUCCUUUGCUAAUGGGAUUUGGCUUUUGCUGUCGUAAAGAUCUUUGAGUUGUAGAUACUCAACUAAAACACAAAACAACAAUUUGGAUUUCCACUUUUUAAUUAUUUUAAAUUGUCCCUCCCGUUGAAGUAAUCUUCUUUUGUAAAUGUUACAUUCUUUAUUUUUCUUAAUUUUUUUUUUAAGAAGUCAUGUAUAUUUGCUACUAAAUGGUUGUCUUGGUCUUUUUUUGUUUGUUUUUUUUGUACAACUUAAAAGUUAUUAAAGCUAUUUCUUAAUUGAA